AUGCCGAGCCAGCACGUGCCCGGAAAGGGAUCUUUGCAGACGCUCCGCACUAAGGUGCAGACCGGCCACAUGCGCUCCGCGAAGAAAGGCUGCCGCGGCCGCGAACUGACCGCAGAGGAGCUCGAGGCGUGCAAGCGGGAGCUCGCCGAGCUGGAGGCCAAGCGCAAGGAGGGCAUGGAGCACCGCAAGAAGGUUGCAAAGGAGACCCUCCAGAACACGAGGGAUCUCAAGCAGGGCCAGGCCGAGCUGAAGCAGGGCCAGGGCGAGAUCAAGGACGGCGUCGGCCGCAUCGAGCAGAAGCUCGACCGCAUCCUCGGGGCCGAGGGCAGCAGCCAGCACUACAGGGAGCUGGCCAAGCAGGCGGCCAAGCGCGAGCGCGAGGAGGACAAGGAGGCUGCCAAGGAGGCCGCCAAGCUCCAGCGCGAGGACGCCAAGGAGCGACGGCACCUCCGCAGCGGGCUGACCAUGGAGGAGGGCGACCGCAUCGUGGACGACGUCCUGGUGAAGGCGGGCGUCAAGCUGGAGGGCUUCGAGGGCCACGACCUCGGCGGGAAGUUCCAGCUUGGCGAGCAGAUCGGCUGCCGCCUUUCGAUGGUGGGGCUCGAGCACAUCGUGGUCCAGUUUUCGAACGUGGACGCCUUCUCGCCGAGCUGCGUGGUGCCGUUCGGGAUUCAGAAGGCCAUGGCUUACGUGCCGGGCAACAAGCGCUACGUGGAGCUGCAGGCGAUUGGAGCUUGCUGGUCUCCCAAGGAUGGCGGCAAGGCGCUUCCUAGCUCCGCGCUUAUCCGCCUGUGGCUGCCCGUGAGGAUGCUCGAGAGGCUGGACCUUCCACUCAAGAAGGAGCCGAAGCGCCGACGCACCGAGGAGGCCGCCGAGCCAGCAGCCCAGCCGGCAGCCAUGGAGCCCGCAGAGGCAGCGCCUGCAGAGGCAGCGCCCGCGGAGCAGCCGCCACCGGCGCCACCAGCCCCCAAGCCACCCUCCCCUGAGCCAUUAAGCGCGGCUCACGAGCAGCUUCCCGAGAUUUUGGUCCACGGGGUGCGCUGCAGCCACCUGGUGGCCGACUACUACAUUGUCAAGGAAGUCGAGAAGAUGCUCGACUACCUGCGGGGUGGCGAGGCCUUUCCCGAGCUGUUGGAGAUCGUUUUGUGCAUUGAGUCGACGAGCCCCCCUUUGGGUACCUUCUAUGGAAUGCAGUUGAAGCCGGAGAACCGCUCCCAGGUGCCGAGCACCUGCGCUCAGCUGCGCCUGAAGUUGACCUUCGAGCAGCCUGCCGAGCCCUCAGCCGCACCCAUGGUCGAAGCAGCGCCCGCGGAGCCAGCGCCUCAGCCACCGGUUACCAUCCGCGGGAUGCGCUGCAGCUACCAGUCGGCCAACCACUACGUUGUCAAGGAUGUCGAGAAGAUGCUCGACUACCUGCGGGCCGGCAAGCCCUUUCCCGAGCUGCUGGAGAUAGUCGUGUUCAUAUGUCCACAGUCUACUGGCCGCGAGCGUCACAUUGACAUGCUGGGCAUGCCUGCUUUCCGAGUGGUGAUCAAGCCGGAGAACCGGUCUCAGGUGCCGAGCCACUUCGCCGAGCUGCGCCUGAAGUUGACCGACGACGAGAGUUGGCCCGCCGCCGAGCCGGCAGCAGCCGAGGAGCCAGCCCCUCAGCAGCCUGCCGAGAAGAAGCCCGAGGACUCUGAGGACAGCUCGACGCGAGCCGAAACGGAGCCCGCGGAGCUGCCUGCCAUCCAGGACGCCGAGCCCGCAGACGAGGAGCCCGCCCAGACCGUCCGCAUCUUCGGCGAGCAGGGCUUCGACGUCGAGAUCACCGACAAAAUCCUCAGUCGGGUUUCGGGCGACCUCUUCCACGCCGGGCAGGUCCUGGAGAGGCUGGGGUUCAGGGCCACUUUGCAGCUCUUCAAGGACAGCCGCAAGCUGGGCACGCCCCAGAUCUUCGAGAAUGUGGUCCCGGAGAUGGUGGAUGACCGCCGCAGCGGCAAGGCCUUCAAGGUCGACGGCAGCAUCGCCAAGGUGACGCGGGUCACUCUGCUCUUGGAGGCCCCCACCUUGCUCAACGGGUUUUACGGCUUCUGGUCUGACGGCCGCCGCGAGAUCAUCAGCGACUUCGAGGCGCUCCUCAUGGCCGACCCCGCGCCCUACGGCGUAGAGAGCGUGGAGACCGUCGACGGGGAGACUUUGCUCUUCGAGCAGUACGAUCCGGACACCAAGACCCUCCGUUGCGAGGGCAUGCGCGAUGUGCCCCUGAGCCAGGUGACCCUGCUCUUCUGCGACAUGUGA